AUGUUCAUUAAAACUUCGGCAGGAGGGAAGCGCGGACUCCGGCCGCCCGGCGCGGCGCGUGCAGACCCCCGGCCAGGUCACCAGCAGCGCGGCACUGCCACCUUGUGGGCGCCUGCCGCCCUCCCGGGCGCCGCGCGGAGCCUUGCAGUCUGCAGGGGCUGGCGGCCGAGAGCUCGGAGCCCGGCGCGGCUCACGCCAACCCCGCAGGAACGCGCCGAGGAGCCGAGCCGCGGGAGCCCGCGGGGGCGGGGCCGGGGGCGGGGCGCGCCGGCGCCGAUCACGUGGGUUAGCAACAGGCAGCAGCCAAUGGGAGCGCGAAUCAGGCGGUGCGUGUGCUCGGAGCCCGCGGCAGGGGCCCGGCGGGAGUUGAAGCAUCCCUGCGCCCCGGGGCGGGAUCGGGACGCGAAAAGGCUCCCUAAAUGGGUGCGCCUUUCGUGCAGGGAGCCCCUGGCGGCGGACGGGCGCGCGAAAGACAGAAAAUAG